GUGCGGCUGCGGUUGUUUGCCGCUGUCUUGCGGCAGCUUCGCUCGGACCGCAUUCCAGUUACGGCGUUUCGAGCGGAUCGCGGACGCGGAACAUUCCUGUGUAGGCGCGGUGGACUUUCCUGAAGUGAACGUUGUUUCGUGUGGGCUGGAAAAAAGGCGUUUAAAUUCGGUGUGAGUGUGCGCUAAUGAAGCUGCUGGUGCGCUACAGCAGCGGUUAGCCGCUGUCAGCAGGUGCAGUGCAGAGGAGAAAAAAUGGCCCGGGGAAAGAAAUCUGAACCUGUACCUGCUCGUCUUCAGGGAGUGUGACAGUCUGAUUGGAGUUUGAUUUCAGUGUUUUUGGCCAUGGCGGGCUGUUGCCGGUGGUGCUACCGCACUUGUGCGUGUUGUCUGUCAGAGGACGAGAAGAAAACCAUAGCUGUGGACAAAGAAAUCAAGAGGAUCCUGAAGCAGCAGAAGAAGAAGGAGAGAAGAGAGAUUAAAAUCCUCUUGCUGGGAACUGGGGAGAGUGGAAAAACCACCUUCAUCCGACAGAUGAGAAUCAUUCACGGGCGAGGCUUCUCAGAGGAGGAGAGGAAGGCCUUCGCCAAGUGCAUCUACCAGAAUAUCUUAACUGCCAUGCAGGCCAUGACAGGAGCCAUGACCACACUCAGAAUCCCUUACUCCAACCCGCAGAACGAGAUGUAUGCCAAGCAGCUGGAGGACGUAAACACAGUACAGGUCACCCAGCUGGAACGGGGUAACGUUGAUGCAAUCCGCCGCCUCUGGGCAGACCCGGGAAUACGGGUCUGUUACAGCCGCCGCUGCGAGUACCAGCUCCUGGACUCUACAGAGUACUACAUGAAUAAUCUGGAUCGCAUCGGUGCCCCGGACUAUAUCCCCACAGAACAAGACGUGCUGCGAGUUCGAUUCCCCACCACGGGCAUCCACGACUACUCCUUCACCAUUAAUACCAUCACACUAAGGAUUGUAGAUGUCGGUGGUCAGAAGUCGGAGCGGCGGAAGUGGAUCCACUGCUUUGAAAACGUCACCUCCCUCAUCUUCCUGGCAUCUCUCAGCGAGUACGACCAAGUCCUGGAGGAGAGAGAGACGAUUAACCGCAUGCAAGAGAGUCUGGCUCUGUUCUACACCACCAUUCAUUCCCAGUGGUUCCAUAGCACGUCCAUCAUCCUCUUCCUCAACAAGACUGACAUCCUGGCUGAUAAGAUCAAAACUUCAGACCUGCAGAAAUACUUUCCCAAUUUCAUAGGUAAGAGGCAAGACCCCGAAGAGGCCAUGAAGUUCAUCCGCAAGUUGUACGAGCAGCAGGCAAUCAACCACAACAACCGGGAGGAGUGGAAGACUCUGUACCCCCACUUCACCUGUGCCACAGACACCAACAAUAUUCGCAAGGUCUUCAGUGACGUGAAGGACACGGUGCUGCUCAAGUCUCUCAGGGACUACGGGAUUAUCUGAACUUUUACCAAGCAAUCAAAGCCAGGAGGAAAGAUGGUUCACGUCUCUUUUUGGACUGUUUACUUCUAAGAGUGAAGGCCAAAAUGUGAUUUCUCUUUUUCACAUAAAAGUCCUUCUAAAGUGUGGAAGUCAAACCAUCAGCCUUGCUUAAUGUUUCUGUUCCUAGUCCUCCUCUCUUCCUUCAUUUUAAUAAAGAAGCAAGUGAUGAUAUAAAGUACUUUUCUCUCAUCUCCAGCACUAUCACAACUUUACUGUCAUCCUUUUCCUCUGUUCAGGAAGUAUUUGAAACACAUAAUGAGGAGCUAGUAAACACUCAUUCCUCUCAGUUUGCAGCUUUUUGCCCAAUUUGAUGGUUCGCUUUUUUUUUUUAAGAUGAAGAGGCGUUUGGGUCACGCCAUGACUGAAGUGAUCCAUAAUUGAAGCGGGAGCAGAGAUGCUAUGAAGUGCUGUGCCGUCAGAGUAAUGACUUUUACAAGUGGAGAUGGGGCCACACAUGGAUGCACCAUCACUGCCACACAUGUUAAAUGCUUUAUGUGUAUCCAGCAGUUCCAUUCAGGUACAGUAGAAGCUAAUGCACACGCCAACACAAACUGUAAACACAGAGCAUUACUGUUAUGAGCUGUAUGGGCAAUAUGGGUUACAAACCACUACACUCUUUAUUAUUAGAUACCCUGAAUGUCGGUGAUGAUGUCUUUCAUUGUUUCUGAAACCCCGCCAGUGUGCCAAAAUCCUUAUUGAUUUUAGUUAUCUUUCACUGCCAGUAUUUCUUUCAUGUUAUCUGUAUUCAACACAUUUGUCACCAUCAUUUGAUGUGCAGAAAUCUUUGCAGCUGCCAACUGUUGAGUCAUCUUACAGUGCCAUGACAGUAAUAUAUGGCAGCAGGCUCGCCUUUGGUGACCGUGAGAGUUGGGACCCGGUGACUUGCUCUUAAAUUGUAUAUUAUGCAACUCUUAUAUUUAAGUGUGGACGAAAAUGCAGAUUGUAUGUUCUAGUGAAUCUGGACUGAAGUAAAAAUUGUAUAAACUGUUCAACAGGCAGAGCAAGCAAAGAAAUACAAAUGAAAGAAAGUUUAAAAGUGUUGAGGUUUACUUAGAUUGACUUUUUUCAGCUUCUUAAAUAAUCGCAUCUCCUUUAAUUAAAGAAACUUGCAUUUUUUUUAGUCAAACACUAAUUAAAGUGUUCUGUAAAGCAGCUGCACUUUGGUUAAGGAGACAGCUAUCAUGAGUGAUUAGUGAAUCCAUCUGUUGGAGCCUGAAUCCUGACUGGCUCCUCUUGUGCUUUUAUGAUGCAAAAAUAUCCAACUGUUUGCUAACAAGUCUGCCUUAUAAAUAAUAUGUCCAAAAUGUCUAAAAAAAUCUGUUGCAGCAGGUUUAAGUGCUUAAAGAGGACAUCUUGUACUUCAAGCUUUGUGAUGCCACUGACAACAAAUUACCUCUACUUGCCGUCAGAUUGUUCAGACAAGGCCACAGAGAUUCAUCGUUUCUCUGGUCUUUGUUGCUAAGACCGCUCAUUGGGUUUUUGGCAUAUGAAUGUAUUUAAGAAGUUAACAUUUUGAGCAAAGAACGACAUGCGAAAUCCUACUGUUGUUUUCUGGAAGCUGGCCAGAAAACAGAGUGGGCUCACUGAGAGGAGGAGAGCACCAGAGUAAAGAGAGACCUGAAAAAUAAAUGUCAUGUCCACUAUAAAUGUUGGAGAUAGUCUCCUACUGCAUUUGACUUUUAAACUUCCAAUUUGUAUACUGUAACAGACUAGAGCAGGUUUCUGUAUUUGAAUUUGUCAAGCAUCAGUUUCUUCUUGCUCAGUAUUUCUGUCAAUACGCAAUUCAAGCAUUUAAAUAUGGCAGAAACUAAAGUGAUGAUGUGCUCUGUUAUGUAAACGGCAAUGCCUCGUUUCAGCAAAGCUCUGUGUAAGUCAGGGCAAAUCAACUGGAAAUGCAUGGAUUCCUUUGUUGCUGUAUGAGCACAACAUUUAUGGGUUUUUUUAUGGCUUGUAUAUUUUGAAUAAUUUGGAUUUGGGAGAAGCUAUGCUAAGUUGGGAAAGCUAACAAACUAACAGGCUAUUCAUGCACUACUACAUUAACAGUCAAUUUAUAUAAUUAUAAAAUAAAGUACCACUAUAUCGUAGGUCGUUGUCAUUGGAGGCACUUAUUUCUUAUAAUACAUUAAUGGUCCUGUUGUUGCAUUAAUGUGCUGUUUGUAUUCUUUAACACUGAACGGUGAAAAACUGCUGAAAGUUACCAUGAAGACGAACAUUUUCUUUUGCUGGACACCGCUGGGUUGUAAUCCGUAUAAUUUACAGAGUUGCAGAACCAAAAUAAUUUAUCCAACAUGGAAAUGCUUAAAUCAACAGUUCCACUAACAGCCAGUAGAGGCUCCAAAAGUGAGUAACUCUCCUCUCAUGUUAAAAUGCCCAGCAACAUUAAAAACUCGAGCCCGACCAAUAUAAGAUUUUUGAGACCGCUACUGAUAUUUGUUGAUUCAAGAAUCCAAUAUUCUGAUAUAUCGGCCAAUAUUUUUUUUCCUUUCAGAUACGAGAGAUUAGCAGGUGCAGGAGAUUGUUAGGUGCAGCUAUUUAUUUACUCAUUUAUGCUCUGCUUGACUCUGCUCAGAUCAGCUGAUUAUGUUUCCAAACACUUGUUGUCAACAGGGAAGUUGCAUAGUGCUCUCAGGUGGACAACGUCAACACUGACAACAUGGUUAAGGGGUGUUUCUUCUGCCUCAUUUUACAUUUUCAUUUCGCAGCCAUUAUAAAUGCAGAUACUGACAGACUGGUGAAUAGCUAAUAUCAGCUGGGCUCUAUUAAAAAACAUUUUUCCAGUACAAAAAGUAUAGCUUUCUGUGUGACCAUAAAGACCAUCCAAGAAGUCUGUGCAGUUUCAGUUUUGGUUAGUGAAACUGUUGUAUUUUAUUUGUCUGUUUCCUAGCAAUAAUUAACAGGUAUCUGGGUCUGUAUGAUGCACGCGUACCAUCUAUGGAUGGAUGCAGUUUGCUGACCAAGUUUGCUAGCUUUAGCUACCAACUUAGCUCUCCACCCUCUGCUCAAAAUAUUGUCACUUCUGGCUGCAAUAAAAGCAAUAUGCUGACCAAAACACUAAUGAGGCAUCAAAAUGCAAAGUCCAGAAACCAAUGGAUGACCUCACUAUGUCACUAGAUAAGAGAAGGCUUUUAUCUACAGUGUGCGGGAAUUACUGACACUAAAUAAAGCUGCAUGGAAACGAGGCAAGCUGUGUGGAAAAGAAUAUUAAACCAGCCUUUUAUGAUAUUAAUCGCAUGUUUGAGUUCUGCUCCGUGUGUGUGCCAGUGAUGUUAUAAUGAAUUUAACAGACUUUGAAGCUAAUAUCAGCUCACAGUGGUGGUGCCGGCUGCUCUUUUGUUGACUGCAUGUAAAAGUGUUUUGAUCUUGACUCAGCUACACUUUUCAGAUGUGGUAGCUAUAUUUUUACAUCUUUAUGAUGCUCUCCAACAAAAAAGGUGUAAUUUUACUGUACAUUUACUGAAAACUACUGUUUGAUUUAUUUGUAACUGCUGUAUUUUUUUUUUUUUUUUAAAUAUUGUUGGCCAACAGUAUAUAAACUGACUAGAGAGAGAGUUUGAGCUAGUGUGUGUGGUAGGUAACUUUUCAGAAUUGGGAAACCUCUCAUUUGGUGACAGUGAAUUAUUUUGUGUAAAUUCUGGUGGAAGAAGCGGGCUUUUUUUUCUAGUUAAUAUUAAAAAAGCUUUAAACACA